CAGUAGCCUAAACGUGUUUUGAUGCUGCUGGUACAGCGCGAGCUCUAUCGCAUCCUGCUCUCAUUCAUCUCAUUAGUUUGCGUGAAUAUGAUGUGUUUGAUACACAAUAGUUACUAGCAUCCAGCUGCAAACGGUUAGUGGUAGUGUAACACUAACGUGGAUACAAAGGCUGGAACAUAGCGAGCCAUCUCCGUGAACGCCGCAAGUGUUGCUUUUACUGGUUCGACUUCUACUUUGCUUUUCUGUCUUAGCAUUAAAAAGCUAGUCCUGCAGAUUUGUGCAGCAGUUCUACGGGUUUUACGACUGAUUCUUGGCGGUGAUGUGCUACAAGACGUUCAAGUUGCAUCUGUUUGUCACUAAGUGUCUAUUCGGAAGACCUGCUGCACGAGAUCUGGAUGAGAAAUGAAACAUUUGUGCACUGGGCCUGGAUGCUCUUACCAGCACACCCCACUUCCGCCAUGACACCCAGCAGAGGAUUCUGGGAUUGACGCAAGCAUCACUCCCACUGAUGGCCUGGACCAGGUUUCAGCUGGCCUGCUGAAGCUAUGGGGAGCUGCUGGAGCUGUCUAUACAGAGACGCUAUCCAAGACAACCAUCUCAACAAAUUCAAGGUGACUAAUGUGGACGAUGAGGGAAAUGAGUUGGGCUCAGGAACCAUGGAGCUCACACAGACAGAGCUCAUUCUGCACACACGCAAACGUGACGCCAUUCGGUGGCCAUACCUUUGCCUGCGUCGAUACGGUUACGAUUCCAACCUCUUCUCUUUCGAGAGUGGCCGUCGUUGUCAGACAGGACAAGGGAUCUUUGCAUUCAAGUGCUCUCGUGCAGAAGAGAUCUUCAACCUGCUGCAGGAGUUGAUGCAAUGUAACAGCAUCAAUGUGGUGGAAGAGCCCAUGAUCAUGACCCGACCCGGGCAUGCACCAGAAAUGGACAUGCCUCGAACUCCACAGACACCCAAUACCCCUGCGUUCCCGAUGCAGGGUUUUCCUAAUGGAUACCCAGGAUACCCAAUCAGUGCAGACUCAUCGCAGCCCUCUCUCACCAACGACCACAGACACAGCCUCAUGGGACUGGAUGACCAAACCCAUACAUAUGUGAAUACAGUGGGAAUGGAAACUGACCUCUCGAGCCGCCACUGUGUCCACUCCCUGCCUGAAGUGCGGCCCACCACCUACCCAGAAACCUCAACUACCACCACCAUACGUGGGGGCCCAGUCCCAGGCCAACCCAGCAUGCAUUGCUGCCCCAUGGACGACCCUCACAAAGACCCUCAGGUCUUCCUCCAGCCUGGAGCCCAGGAGGUGAAGUUCAUGUUGGGUCCGACCCCAGCACAGCGCCACCUGAUGGAGAGAGACAGAGACCGCCACGUCACUCACCCGCUUCGAGCGCCAGACGGCAGCUCCGAAACAGAAGGAGAGGAGACCCCGUCCGUACACAUGUGCAACACACACUCCUAUCACCAUUGCCAUCAUCUAAUGCACCGACACCCGAGCAUGGAGCCUUGCUCAGAAAGCCAGCUGACAUAUGAGAAUAUCAACGGACUCCGAGGGGCACGUAGGCAAAGGCUAAGUCCGAGCACUGUGUCCCAAUCUCAGUCUUUGGGCUCCAGUAGCAGUAGCAGCACCACUGGUGAUUCCCGCACACACACACAUCCACAUUCCCUCCCGCUGACGCACACACACGCUUCCUCACUGCCUCCGCAGGCAUACGGCUGUGACCGGGGAAUGGGGGUCGGUGGUCAUCGACGCACCGCGUUGCUCAACUAUGAGAACCUUCCAUCGCUCCCCCCAGUUUGGGAAUACCGUGCGCUUCAGCGUGAGGAAGAAGAAGAUCAGGAUGAAGAUGAGGAUGAGGACGAGUAUGAUGAGGAAGAGGAAGAAGAAUAUGAUGAGUACGAGUAUUCCGAAGGGCCCGCAACCCCAAACGGAUAUCAUCAGGAGAGUGGCGGCGGCGGUGGGAUUCAUCGUGACGCUCUACAGAACUAUGUCAACACUGAACAGCUUCAGCCUCCAACACGUCUUCGUCACGCUUGCCCUCCUCCUCACCCUCACCCACCUGAGAGGGCCAAUCGGGUUUUCAACUUUGACUUCAGACGUCAGCGAGCGGGACGUGGCAGCACCACCUGCGAGCAGCAUAGCCGUCACCCGCCUCCUCCUCCCUCUCGCCAGCUCAACUACAUCCAGGUGGACCUGGAGGGUGAGCCCUCUGGUUGCUCGGGACACGGAGGAGGGGGUCCGGUACCACAGAGACCUCCUCCCCUCAAACGAGGCAUGGCUGCCGCCGCAGCGGCUCCAUCUUCCCGUCGUGGAGAAUGCUACGCCGUGAUUGACCUAAAGAAGACAGCAGCCAUGUCCAACCUACAGAAGGCUCUCCCUCGGGAUGACGGCACCUCACGGAAGACACGCCACAACAGCACCGACUUGCCUCUGUGAGAGGGGAAAAAAAGGGAUACAGGUAUGCCAGGAAUAAAAAUGAGGGAAAAUGUUCAGGAGAGGGAAAAAAUGAGGGAAAAUGUUUGGUGGUAUUUUCCUCCCACCAUUAUCGUAAAGCCUCUAUUUUCUCAUUUUCUACACUCAUACCAACUGCUGCUUGAUGAAAUAGUAACUCUGUUGAGCCAAGCACUGAGCAUUUUGUUUAUUUUUUUUUUCUCACAUUUUGCGUGGGAAGGUUGGGAGAUGAUAGUGAACUACUUAUCACCGUGGUUUUUGGUUGCUGUCUGGCCUUUGGGCCAAAGAAUUGGGUUCAGAAAAAAAAAAACUUGAUUCAGGAAACUGUCUGCAGUGUUUCUAAGUUUCUAAGUGUCUUAAUCCUUUAUUUUAGUUGUUUUUAUUUGUCAUGUUUGUUGGUUAUAUAAAGGGAUAAUUCACCCAAAAAUGAAAGACAGCAAGACAACUAGAUAACUAUAAAAAAAUAAUAUAUAUUUUGAGUGAUAUCAGGAUAAAUAGAUGAUUUUUGGGUGAACUAUUCUUUUACUUUUUUUAGUCAGCAUCGUAUUUUGACACUUGAGCAGAACAGACUUGAAACCACCACAAGUGUUUCAUUAUCACAUGUAAGAUAAUACUAUAAUUAUCAAAAUGGAUCAAGUUUUUAACUAACUGAAUGCUCUUAAUCAUGAUAAAGAUACUCCAGCAGUCUCUCUCAUGUUGUCUGUUUCAGUUCCCAUAUAGCUAUGUGGUGGCUGCAACAAGGAUGAAGAGAGUGAAUUGUUCCGUUUUUGAACGCCUAUUGAAUCUCCUAUCCUCAGGAAUUGAUUUGAUCAAUUCAGUUUGCACUUAUCUUUCUUAAAUUGUAACUGCCUCCCCUAAUUUCAUAAUUGCCCACUAAGGCGUGGUAAAAUAAAGUUUACCCAAUUAAAAGUAAUUAUUCAGAAUGUGAUCCAUAGCAUCUUUAUGGGUGGUUUUGAGAUGGAGAAUUCUGUUUUAAAGUGCUCUGUUUUGAGUGCUAAGAUCCAGACUUCGGCCCAGCAAAACACUUUGAAAGGGAGGCAAAUUCUGAUCCAAAAAUUGGCUUAUUUUGUUCAGUAUCUGCUCAAGCUUUAGCUAUUAGCACCAUUACCACUCCUUUUUUAUUUUGCUAUUUCUGUCUCUUUUGCCUAUUUUUGUUUUUUACUCUCCCCAAAAUUGAGUCCUUACUUAAGGGGCAAAAGAAGAGAGAAAUAUAAAGCAUUCAUUUGCAUUGAAAAAUAAAUAUUUUCAGUUAUAAACAAACAAUAGGGUAUUUGUAGAUAGUUCAAGUAGAAAGUAAGAUACAAUAAAAACGACUAUUCUCACGUCCCCAAAGUGAUAAUAUACAGUACCUGAGAGUGACAAUUCUCUGUGAAUCCAAGAGUGUAUUUAUGUACAUCUAUGUUUUGUAAAGCUACGUAAAGCACCAUAUGCAUAUUCAGAGGUAAGAAUGUUAAUUAUUUUUUUAUAUCUUAAAAAAAUAUCAUGCCAGGAAUCAUGAGGCAAAACAUAUUUAUUUAAUUUAGAAUUAUUUAUCUAGCUCGCUGUCUGUCAAUUUAUUUAUUAAUUUAUUUAUUGUUUCGUAUUUGAAUUAUUUGUACAAGUAGAUAACAUGUUGUUAGAUUAGUCAUUUUAGAGAUACCAAAGGUGGUUUGGGAGACCACAGAAUCUACCUUGGUAUUAUUUAAUGUCUUUUUUAAACUGCAGUUUCAUGUUGAAUAAUAACUGUAUUUGAACAUAUUGUGCCAAAAAUAUAAUGAUAUCACUGAACUAUGUGCCAUUGGUAAAUGUUGAAUUUUAGGGCUAACAAUCAGCAACAUGUGUAAAACAUAAAUGCAGCUGUUUCCUUACAAUUACAUCAUGAUCAGUUCAGGACUUUAUAAUGUUUUGUCUACAAGUACACUAAAAAACCCGACUUGUCAGUGUAUUCCCAAUGAAUCCCAUUGUCUUUAUCCAAAUUAGCUAAAAGAGAUAUUUUAUAGUCUCUAACAUUACUGCUGUUUUUCAUUGGAAUUUCAUAAAUCAACUAUUUUUAUAACACAGUUGGUGUUCUAAAAUGGAUAUACAUCUUUUUUUUUCUUUUUCAGUUUUAGCAUUUGCUGUCUUAUGGUUGUUAACACAGCCCUAAAAAUGAAUUUCUUUCUCACCAACAAUACUGAUGUAGCUAUACAUUUCUGAAGUUAUGAAAAUUUUGCUAGGGACCUCCAAGAGCUGAGGUUUUUAUCUUACUUGCUGGGCAUGGACGUAGACCCAGUUUUUCAAAAUCUCACUGGCAGCCAUAUUGUUCUGAGCGCAGGGCUUUGUGGGCCUACUUAUUGUACAUUAUUAGCAAAAAGUUGAUCAUAACAGAUAACUUCGAAAAAAUAUAUAAUGUGAGAUGAGCUGUACUUACGGAAACCAUGUGCUGAACAACAUCACGGUAGAUUUAAAUGUUCUGCGAGAAGCCAUAAUUGAAAGAAACUAUUUUAUGGGUCAGGUAUCUUGUUUUUUAAGGAAAAUGUUUAGAGUAAUAAAUGUGAUUUAUUUUUUUAUCACCAAAAUGUUUCAAAUUUCAAACUAUUUUAAAAAAAAAUAUGAAAAGAAUUGAUUUAAAGAUUAUAUGCUACAUCAUUGUGAUGUUUUUAUUUCGAGAGCCUUGCAGUUCAAUACAAUAUUGCUGCCAAAUAAGAAAUCCAAAUAAAAUCAACAUAUUACACUCACAAUCACAAUUACAUAGACUUAUGUACUUUAAGAAUGCGAUGAUGAACUAUUUGGACACUUUUAGACACUUUUCAGAGGAUCAAUCUAGUUUUUAACAUCUAUAUUUUGGUAUUGUGGUAUGAUAAACAUUUUGCAAUAACAGCUAAUGGAGUCAUAUCAGAAUUUGUUUGAGUUGUUCAAGAACAUGUUCUGUGAUACAAGUCACAGCUGUGUCUGUGUGCAUUCAGAAUGGACUGGAUCAGCAGUGGGUUUACUGUCUUUCUCAGGCCUCAUCUUGAUAAACAUGCGCUAUAUAUGUGUAUUUAAACCAGGCUUGAGGAAAAAAAAUCUAGUCAUCUUGUCUGUAGGUGUGGGAUCAUAGAAAACUUGAUUGUGCCAUAAGUGAUUUUCGUCCACUCUUUUAAAAUAACAUGUAGCUAUAGUGGAAUUUUAAAGGUACAGUAGCACUACUAACUAGAAUCCUGUGUUGACUUUGAUUGCGUGGGGCCGCUUUGGAGUGUAAAUGCUUGUUUUGUUGAUUUGUUUUAUGUUUUUAUACCUUCCAUACACAUCAUUAAUUUCGUUCAUUAUCAGGGGAAAUCAGCACUUGAGUUAAAUGUUAGACCCAGGUUAACUGCACUGAAAUUGUAAUGGGGUGAGCAAUCAUCUGAAAGUACUGUAAAUCCCUGUGUGAAAUCAUGAUUUUUCAAAAUUUACCAAGAAGUAUAAUCACUGAAUGUGCUUAUUGACCUAAAUGGGAAAUAGUUUAACCCUUUGUUUCCAUGAAAACAACAUUGAACCUCUUAGUUACGGAAUACCACCGUUCAUCGGGUGAUCAUAAUUCAGUUUCUCAUCUAAACCUGGGAUGGUAUUCCACUUGAAGAGGGUUUUGCAGUGACCUUAUCGAAUGACCUGUCCUACUGGCGGUAGACUUACAUUGUCAUAAUAAAGCUUAGGCGAAGCUCAAUGACUGUGAUGUACUGUACAUUAAUGUGAAUGUGUCUCAAAUGUGUCAGAGUUAAAGAGAGAGAGAGAAAGAGAGCUGCCCAUGCAUGGACUCUGUACCGGAGACUGCAUUUCUCAAGCUCCUCAAACUGUCUCGCUCUCAAACUGUCUCACUCUCUGUAUGAAUGUACCACACAGAGAUGGACUUGUAAAAUGCUCAGAUGAGGUGAUUUACACUCAAUGUUUCUAUCCUCCCUGAUGAAAAGAUGUGUUAAUGUUAAUGUUUCGUCUCAAGAAUUCCGAUUUCAAUUCGAUUUUUUGAUUGUUUCUUUAUAUACAGUAUUUACAUUUUCUUGUAAGUAUGUAAUUCUGUGUAUGUACAUAACAUAUAUGGGUAUGCAGUUGCAGUCAGCUUCUCCUGUGUUCGUUUGUGUUGGCGCAACAGACACUAUACUUUUGCCACAGCCAUUUGUAGAAAGAGCAACGCCUUGACAGUCAUUCCAUUAGAUGGACAUUGCAGUCUCUAUAAACAGAUCGGAGAUCUUCUAUAGUCUGUUGAUGUUGCAGUCGCAACCCUUCCCCAUUCUUACAAUGCAAAGCAGGCAUGCCCCAUGUUGAAUGUUAUUUUCAGUCAUAUAAACUUUUGAAGAGAAAGGCUUGUAUAAUAAAAAUGAAUGUGAUUAAAUGUAAUGUCAACAUUAAAACUGGAAAUGUCA